AGUAUAAAUAGCUGAGAGGAUCAUAAGGAGUCUUUUAUCAAGAAAUUUAUCAAGUCAUGUCAUGGAGGAGAGUGAGAAACUCCUAAGAAAAACUCAUUGUAUUUCCCUUUUUGAUCUAUAAAAAAUAUCUGGAAUUCCUUUAUUUGGAUCUUUUUACAAGUUUGAUACAGUAAAACGUAUCAAAUUGGUAUCAGAGCCAUCGAAUCUGGGAAUAACACACAAAAAAAAAAAAAAAAAAAUAAAAAAUAAAAAAUGCUACCUAAAUCAUCUGAUACUGUUCUUACCAUGAAGCAUAUGGAGGUGGAAAUAGACGGACGACUCACGGCGUUGGAACGCGAAUUACGAGAGCUUCCGUCCUUGGAGAAGAGCAUCAACGAAAUGAAGGAGCUCCUGGAUCAAUUCAUGAGGAAGAUGGGUCUUUGUACCCCAGAGGUUGCAAAAGCCAAAGGAGAAGAGAUCCACACUCCAGAAGUGAUUGCGAGCCUUGUAGUGACACCUUUGACAAGGUACGAUCCGUUUCCGGAGCCGACCCCACCAGGGACGAAGAACUUGAUCCCACUGUUUGGAUCGGAUCUGAAAACAGAGGUGGUGCUCAGAAAUGACGAACCGCUUAGAUCGAUGGAAGAUGGUUUCGAGACAGCUCACCCUGAUAAGAAAGAGGCAGCAGACGAAGCUUCUCUUGCAUCCAUGGAAGGUCUGUUCAUGGGAAACAAAUGGAACAUGAGGAAGAAGAAGACGAGAUGGAAGUUGCGUCUUUGGGCGAUUCAAAAGGGUUUCGCUAAGGGAUCCCGUUCUGACAGGAAGAAGCAUGUAGAUCGUGAGGGACAGUUGUCUGAGUUUGGGGACUCAACUGGAAGAGGUCGGCAGCAGCGUAACGGAGGAACAGAAACAAAAACUGAGCGCUAUGCCUAUCAGCUGCUCGAUAAAAUGCUCCCGAGAAGAACAAGAUUGAAGAUAAACAAUAAGAAGAAGAAGAGAUGGAAAGCAUCUAGAGGGAUUCUGAGAUGUGUGGAGAAACAUCUGGGGUCUAGACAGGAGAGGCGACAGUCUAUGAGUGAAAAGGCGUCUCUUGUGUCACAUAACUCAACGAGAAAAGAAGAACAUCUGUUAGAGAAAGGAAAACACAGUGUAGCUGAACUGGAUAUGAAUGCAGGCCAAAUGCUCGGUAAAAUGCAUUGGAGAGAAAAAAAAGCAAAGCUGGAGAAGAGAAAGAAGUGGGGGCAGGAUAUGCUAGGGAUGAAGUUUGAGUUAGAGUUGGCACACCUGAUAUGGGGGCCUACAACAGCUUUGAAGAAGCUGACAUAUGGGAAGAAACAUAAGUUUAGGCAGAAGAAUAACAAGCGAGGAGACAGGAUCAUGCUGAAUCUUGUCAGGAUAUUAGUGGCCAAGACGAGUAAGAAGAGACAUGCUGAAAAGAAGCUACGGUUGACAAGCGGAAAGAAGGCCAAGUUCCAAAGGAAAUACAUGAAAGGACAAAAGAAGACAAUCACGAGAAGUGGUGACGUUUUUGGUUCCUUCUUGCAAACUAAAAAUCACUGUCACUUGAGGAACAGCCUGAUUCAGAACAGAAAGAAUGAAGACACACUGGAACACAUAUCAAGGGGUACUCUUGUGGCAGAGAACUACCAUAGAAUUAGAAGGAUCCUUAUCAAAUGGGUUUAUCACAAGGUUAGAAAGAGAGUCAAGCCUCUUGGAGCAGUGGAAAUGGGUUUCAAAAUUCUCUCAGAGGCUGUGGAAGAUUCACUGGGGAUAAAGCAUACGCAGACCAAGAAAAGCACAAGGAGAAUGAGUGACAAGAGAGUACAGCAACCUGAAACCAUGGGAGCAAAACGAUCUCUGCCAGAUGAAAUCUCACGAGGUCUGGAAGAAAACAAUGGGUAUAAAGAGUUGAGUUGCUUCAAUGCUGAACGUGAUGAGGGUUGUCCAAUCUCACUAGAAGCUUAUACGAGAGUGGAACAGAUCAGAUUAUUGUCUUGGGUUGCUGUGAUUGGCUGUCCAUGGGACCCAGGGAGAUCAGUUCUGCAAGGGAUGCUAAGGGAAUUUGCUCUGGACGUAGAAGAACGGUUUGGUGUGGCUCGUGUGAUAAUGCAGGUUGCAGUGUGGCUCUGGGCACACAUUUUUGAGCUGAAAAACAGAGUGUGGGAGCCGGGAAUAGUCAAGAGUUCAGGUCCUGCAGUUAAUUCCUUUGCUCUGUCUUACUUCACCUAUGAGAUGUUCCAGCCACCAAGACAAACAGAGCUAUCAGUCAAGCUGCCCAAACAAGGUUGUGGCUGGGGUUGGAGAAACUUGAAAUGUCGCACACGUAAUGGUACAAAAGGUGGUCUCUUACAGCUUCAGUUCACUGUGCUAUUUGUGGAGAUAAGACACCAGCAGCGACACAUGUUUCAGAAAAAGAGAGAGCUGGCCCGAGGGAUCCAAUUCUGUCUGAAGCUACUUGAAGAUGGUGGUGUUAAUCUGGAAGAACGAGUUGACUACCUGCUUGGUAUUCUGAUCUGGCUGCCAUGUUAUGGCAGUUCCCAUUUCAAAUUCAUCAACUUGAGGACAGAUUUCAAAGGCUCAAGGGAUGGAAACUUGAAAGACUGCUACCAUCACUAUAUACUUGGUCCCAACCUUGAGGACAAGGUUGAUUUUAAAGCGGGCGGUAAUGAUACGAUGGGCCAAUUAGAGAUGCAAGAGGUAUUAAAGGACGUGGCUUGGGAGGGAACAAGUGGACAUGGUAUGUUGGGAUCACACAUAGAGGUGUGGGUGACGUGGAAGAUCUGCACGUGCGUAAUGGCUCACGAGUAUGUGUGAGGAAUAAGGGUUAGCUGAGAGUAUAAAUAGCUGAGAGGAUCAUAAGGAGUCUUUUAUCAAGAAAUUUAUCAAGUCAUGUCAUGGAGGAGAGUGAGAAACUCCUAAGAAAAACUCAUUGUAUUUCCCUUUUUGAUCUAUAAAAAUAUCUGGAAUUCCUUUA